GAAAGUGAGAGAGCAAUCGAGUGAGAAGGAGAGAGAUGAAUUGUAAUUGUAAGUGGUAGUGGGCUACAGUAGCUCUCCCCUUAUCUGGGGCUGUCUGCCCUAUUGUGGGAACCCGCCCAAGCCGCCCAUCCUAGGAAACGAGAGCUUCCUGUUGUUUUAUAGAGCUUUCCUGCAGAAAGGUUGAGAUAUGUAAUCUGGGUCCACCAGGGAAGAGAAACAGAGCAGUGUCAGGCAGAAAUGAAAGCCCCUAAUCCGUCUCCCGUGUCUUCUUCUUCUGCUUGCUGCUUUCUGCCUCUUCUUCUCUGGGCACUGAGCUCUACAGCAGCUGGCCUGAUAGGACAUUACGAGGCGCCACAAGCUACCACACCAGGUUUCACUUCACGGCAUGACUCAACAAGAACUGCAAACGACCAAUACAAUGACGUUAGCCUCGAAGAUAGAGGAUUCUCCAGUGGAUUAGGUUGUGGGAAUAAGUAUGUUAACUGUGAACAAUACUGUGAAGUUUGUGAGUAUUUUCCCCCAAGGGCGGAGUGCUACGUGACCUUAUUUGAGGAAACCUGCUACAGUAAUUUUGUAGGUGCCAUGGAGUCAUUAAACAACACAGACUGGUGCAACUGGAACAAUGUGAAGAGGAUGUAUAACGCCUUCACCAUGUGCACAGAGGAGAUAGCAGAGUGUCUGCUGAUCCCCUGGCCCAACAGGAUGGUGGAGAAUGUGUUUGUAAACAUCCACUCCAGGUUCUUCUGGGACUGCCCCAACGAGGCACUGAGCGACCCCCCGCCCAGCAUCGUGUUUGCCUUGGUAAUGACCCCCAUCUGCCUCAUCCCCAUCAUGGUGGUCCUGGUGGUGCUCAAGACCAAGAACGGAGAUGGCAGCUCCUGAUAGGACGUCCUGGAUCAGUCCUCAUCCACCCUGCCACACCUCCAUGUUCAGACUCACUCUCUCCAUCCCCCGAGGAUUCAAGACUGGGGCCAUUGACACAACUAUUUUUACAGAGAACUGCUUAUCGUCUUCCACCCACUGAUGAUUGGCUUAGCUCUGUGGAGUCCUAUCAAAACAAUCUCAAAGCCCAAACACUUUACACGUGACCUUUUUGGAUGCACCGAUACAGAAUGAGUAGUACCACAUCGGCAUCGUCCAAGGACACAGGGGUUCAAGAAAUGGUCCGUCGGUGUUGUGUGGAGUGUCAGGUCAACAUCCUCUGGGUUGCUUCUUGAAAACUCAUCUUCUCCACAUUCCUCGAUGCUCCUCUAACGAAAAGUGGCGACAGCCAUGUAAAUGUUUCGACUUCCUACACACCUUAGGAAAGUAUUUAAGAUAGUAGGGUUUAUGGACUAAUGUCAUUCUUGACAAUCCAUUCCAUUCCAUGACCAUCUCCAUCCUGUCCCAGAUGUGAACCCUGACAGUGACUAUGCUGAAAUGGUUACAUGUUUUACAAUAUUUUAAUUGUUUAUAUAUAUACAGUGGGGCAAAAAAGUAUUUAGUCAGCCACCAAUUGUGCAAGUUCUCCCACUUGAAAAGAUGAGAGAUGCCUGUACUUUUCAUCAUAGGUACACUUCAACUAUGA